CAACUGCAAGGAGUCAUGCUCUCUGCUAUAUUUGCCAAUUUGUACGUAGGGUGACAACUUGUACUUUUAUCUAUAUAGUUUAUUAAACACAUCCGGGUUGGCUCAGGAUUCCGUUAUCCGUUGGGACUGAAAAGUAGAGCAACGUCCAUGCACUUACUGUACAGUGAUUAUGUCAUCCUGCACAGCCUCCCGGUCAACCUUUCACCCACUUUCUCUCUUUCACAUCACACGCUGACAACAGCACCGGCAUUUGUGUUGACGGUGCUCGUGGGGAAGAGGAACCGUAAACAAAAUAUCACAGAGAGUUGGUGGCCCUUUCCGAUCUGGAAACAUAGCCUAGUUGCCUGGAGGGAACCAUUCAGAAAUGUGGAUGAGUACAUUUGCACGUCUCGCCCUGCCUGCUCUGCAGAGAAGUACCUCUGCUACGGCCUGCCAGGCGUUGAGGGCUUGUCGUAGACCGGGGCGAGCUGCAGGUCCACUGCCCUCUCGUCUGACUUCAAUGCAGCUUCGUGCGCAGCAGACACUAGGGUCUGCCUCCCUCCCUCUGGCUCGCCACUCAGUGAGGCACGUCCGGGCUCUGGAUGAAGAGAGGAUGAUGGAGGUGGAGUGGGAGGAUGGAGGCCAAAGUCUGUACCCAUUCACCUGGCUGAGAGACAACUGCCAGUGUCCACUGUGUACCCUGGAGUCUGCUCAGGCCCGCAAACUGUUGAUGUCUGAUCUUGAUAUCCACACAGGAGUCAACGUUGUGGAGGUCACCAAUGAUUACAAGGUGUCCAUUGUGUGGCCCGACCAGCACACCAGUGUGUUUGACGCAGAGUGGCUGAAGAAACGCUGCUUCUCUGCUGCUGCCAGACAAGCAAUGCAAGAAGAGCUUUUCCUCAACGAGCGUUAUUAUUGGGACUCCAAACUGCGCAUUCCCACGGCCGACUACCAGGAAGUCCUUCAUGACGAUAAGGCGGCGCUGGCCUGGCUCUUGGCCCUGCGACGCGUUGGCAUCGUCUACCUGAAGGGGGCUCCGGGAGAGCAAGGCCAAGUGGCCAGACUAGCUGAGCGGAUUGGUUAUCUCAGGCUGACAUUCUAUGGGCACACGUGGCAGGUCCAGGACAAAUACAUGGCAAACAAUGUAGCCUACACUUCAGGAAGGCUCAGUCUCCAUUCCGACUACCCUGCAUUGCACUUUGCGCCUGGAGUGCAGUUUCUGCACUGCAUCACCCAGGCCGAGGAAGGAGGGGAGAGCGAGGUGGUGGACGGCUUCCACAUGGCCGAGCAACUGCAGCGCGAAGACCCAGAGGCCUUCAGGACACUCAGCUCGCUCCUCGUGGACUACACCGACACGGGGACGGACUACUGCGACUUCAUGCUGCAGUCCAAGAAAUGCAUCAUCGACGUCACCGCCGACGGCCGAGUCGAGAGGAUAAACUUCAACAACGCCACCCGAGAUUCGGUGCUGGACCUCCCCGUGCAUCAGGUUCAGCCCUUCUACAGAGCGCUGAAGGCCUACGUGGAUAUGAUGAACCGACCGGAGAACGUAGUCACCUACAGAAUGAUGCCAGGCGACAUCGUGACCUUUGAUAACUGGCGUCUGCUGCACGGGCGAAAGAACUACAUCAGCCGGCCCGACAGGUUGCGACACCUCGAGGGCGCCUACCUGGACUGGGAUGAAGUCAUGUCUCGCCUCCGGAUACUCCGCGCCUCUGUCCACGGGAACAUUUGAGCUCCGAUUCUGAGGUGACCCGAGUGGCUUUAAUCCGCCAUUUGAGCUCAACGUUGCUCUCAAAAACGCUGAGGGGCAAAGUGCAAAGACCGUCAAGUGUCCGACAACAAGUCGAGAGCUAAAUCUCUGAAAUUCUCUGAAGUCGUCAGGCAUCCAAUCUGAAACGAAAUUUGAGGAAUUACACAAUGAUUCGCAACGAGGAUGCUUUCUGAAAGUCAGCUACAUUUAAAGUGGCGAUGGCGACUUUCUAAACACGUAACAUAGUGCAACACUUCAAUGCAAAGAUUAUGGAAAAACACCUUGCUUUCAAAUGUUUAAGGUGCUUUUGGCUUCAGUCAUAGGGACUAGUGAUUAAUACGUUUUAUAAGCUUAAAUUUCCCAGAGUACGGCACUUGAUGAUUAUUUUUAAGAUAAUUCAUCACUCCCAGUUCUCUGGUUAACUAUUUAGCAACCUGGCUGCCUCAAAAUACCUCUCUAUUAUCUAUGUAACACACUCUAAUCACAGACAUUUCAUAGACUCAGUCUAUAGUAAACUGUUGGGUAUAUUAUUGUCUAUAGGGCGUAGUGAACAUGGCACUGAUUUCAGACAGAGCCUUUAUGUAAAGGCUUUUUUUUUUCUUACCGCCUGCAACACUAUCUUGCUACCUCUCCUGUUCAAUCCUGUGCCUAAACAAAGGACGUGGUGUCCUCGACUUUCCCUUCAUUCUGUAGCGUUGCAGUCUGAAGUAAAAUUGCCUUAAGUACAGCAGCUGCAAUGUACCGCAGUGUGAAGUUUCUGCACUUAAACUUUACAUUUAAAAAGGUCAGUUCAACCAGUCUACUUAACCCUAGUGGCAUCUGGCCAAACAGAAACAUUUGGGUUCUAUUUUCCUUCACCACUGUCGCACUAAAUGCUUGCUCUUGGGGGGAAUUGUUGGG